AUCUCUGAAUAUCUCCUAUAUAUAACUAAUGCUCUCUACAGCUAUUCCUGCACACUAACUACAAAAACAAAAGCAAACAGAAAACCAUGAAAGAAGGAACCAAAGGCAUGACAGAAGCAGCAGCACUUCCUGCAGAUUUUGAUGACAUCAUAACAACAAAGCCUCCUAAGAGAAAUAAGUUUGCUUUUGCUUGUGCUACCUUGGCUUCUAUGACUUCUGUCUUGCUUGGCUAUGAUAUAGGAGUAAUGAGUGGAGCAGCAAUCUACAUCAAAAAAGAUUGGAAUCUAAGCGAUGUAAAAAUGGAAGUAUUAUUAGGAAUCUUAAACGUUUAUUGUCUCUUCGGCUCUUUCGCCGCCGGCAGAACUUCCGACAAGAUUGGCCGCCGGUACACCGUCGUUUUAGCUGGAGCAAUCUUCUUCGCCGGAGCUAUUCUCAUGGGGUUCGCUACCAACUAUGCUUUUCUCAUGGUCGGCCGUUUUGUGGCCGGCAUCGGAGUUGGUUAUGCACUUAUGAUUGCACCUGUUUAUACUGCAGAGGUUUCCCCUGCUUCAUGCAGGGGAUUUCUUACCUCUUUUCCCGAGGUGUUUAUCAAUGCUGGUAUUUUGCUAGGUUAUGUCUCUAAUCUUGCGUUUAUGAAACUUCCAACUCAUUUGAGUUGGAGGUUUAUGCUCGGGAUUAGUGGAAUCCCAAGCAUAUUUCUUGCUGUUGGUGUCCUUGCUAUGCCUGAGUCACCGAGGUGGCUAGUCAUGCAAGGACGACUUGGUGAAGCUAAGAAAGUUCUUAAACGUACUUCAGAUUCGCCAGAAGAGGCUCAACUUAGACUCAGGGAUAUAAUGGAGGCAGCAGGGAUCCCAUUAGAGUGCGACGAUGAUAUCGUUAUAGUUGAUAAAACGAAACGAAAUUCUGGGGAGGGAGUUUGGAGAGACCUCUUAAUCAACGCCACACCUGCGGUGAAGCGAGUGUUGAUUGCUGGCAUUGGAAUUCACUUUUUUCAACAAGCCUCAGGCAUAGACGCCGUAGUGUUAUAUAGUCCAAGAAUUUUUGAGAAGGCAGGAGUUACAAGUGAUAUGAACAAGUUACGUGCAACAGUGGCUGUUGGAUUCGUUAAGACCCUAUUCAUAUUAGUUGCAACAUUUACUUUGGACAAGUUCGGAAGAAGACCUUUACUACUUACUAGUGUAGGAGGUAUGGUCAUAGCCCUUUUAACCCUAGCCACAUCUUUAGCCAUAAUAGACCAUUCCCAUGAGAAGAUUACGUGGGCUAUAGCCUUAUGUAUAACCAUGGUUUGUGCUUAUGUUGCGGCGUUUUCGAUAGGGUUAGGACCAAUAACAUGGGUUUAUAGUUCAGAGGUUUUCCCAUUAAGGCUAAGGGCUCAAGGUACUAGUAUCGGUGUGGCAGUUAAUAGGAUUGUUAGUGGUGUAAUUUCAAUGACAUUUUUGUCCUUGUCCAAUGCAAUCACGACAGGUGGCGCGUUCUUCCUUUUCGGAGGGAUUGCUGUUAUUGCUUGGUUUUUCUUCUUCACGUUUCUCCCUGAGACUCAAGGAAGAACACUUGAGGGUAUGCAUGAAUUGUUUGAAGAUUUUAGAUGGAAGGAAUCCUUGCAAAGUAAGAAGUCAAAUCAUGAGGAUAGGACAAAAGAGGGCAUCAAUGUAAAGAGUCAAAUACAAUUGGGAACUACUACUAACAAUCAAUAAAAUGCAAUGAAGUAAUGAUUUUGUAAAUGUACAAGUAUAUAAGUAUAGUUGAAGAACAAUAUGCCUACAACAAAGGCUCUUUGGUUUUUAUAGCCCUUCCAUUAGUACUCAAUCUCAAUUGUUAUAUUAUGAUCUAAAAGCUUGUAAUUAAGUCGUGUGUUAAAGAGGUAUAUACACACAGGUAAAACAAACAUAUAUUGUUCAUACAUCGUCCUAAAAUCACGAUUUUUUUUCAUAUAAACAUAAUAUUUUUUAUGCACUGUUCUAA